AUGGCGUCCGUUGAAAAGAAGCAAGAGGCGGACUUGUCUCCUGAGGUGGACUCUCUUGAGCCGAAAGCUGAAAGCCUAGCCAAGGCCGGCAAGCUUGACGAGGCCCUUGAGCAGGUCCUCGCCGUCGAGAAGAAAGCCCGAAAUGCCGCGGAUCUCUCAAGUACGACCAGGUGUCUGUUGCUGAUCCUUCACUUGCUACGAACCACACCGAGCGCGAAGUCGCCCUCAUGGGACCAACUUAACGAGACGAUAGUCUCACUCUCCAAGAAGCAUGGUCAGCUCAAACAGGCGACGGUCAAGAUGGUUGGCGCGGCCAUGUGCUACCUUCAUGCACCUGGGAUUGGAGAAAGCGGCAAGAAAGAGGAGGAAGUGACGAAGGAGGUGGAGAUGGAGGACGCCAAGAAGAAAGAAGAGGCAAAAGCAAAGGACGAAGCGCGGGCCAAGAAGGAGGAGGCUGACAAGUCUUCUGGGAGCAAGGACGAAAAGACGGAAAAGAAAAAGAAGAUGCAAGAGGCCAUGGAAGUCGAGGAUAAAGGAGAGGGCAAAGAGCAUGAAGGGGUCAGCAAGUGGAUGGCCAGGGCAAAGGAGAUUGGGGAUCAGGGUGUGACGGAGCCUAUGAAGGUCAAGCUCCUGGAGACGAUUCGCCAAGUCACCGAAGGAAAGAUUUUCGUCGAGGUGGCACGCGCGAGGUCGACUCUGUUGCUCUCCCAGAUUCUCGAGCGAGAGGGCAAGAUCCCAGAGGCCGCCGACACGCUUGGUGACUUGGCCGUGGAGACAUUUGGAAGCAUGGAGAGACGGGAGAAGCACGAGAUCAUUCUUGAGCAAAUGCGGUUGUAUAUGCUGCGGGAAGACUGGUCGAGGAUGGCCAUCGUGGGCAGGAAGAUCAACACAAAGUUCUUUGACGACGAGAAGCAGCAUGACCUCAAAUUGCGAUACUACGAACUAAUGAUCAAGCUUUCGCUCAACGCCCGAAAGCAUCUGGACGUUUGCAAGCAUUACCACGAGAUCUACAAUACUCCCAGCGUCCGCGAUGAGACGGCCAAGGCUGCCGAGGCGUUGCGGAGCAUUGUCGUUUUCCUCGUUUUGAGCCCCUACGACAACGAACAAAGCGACUUGAUGGCACGGACAGAGCGCAUCGAGGCCUUGGACAAGGUACCGGAGCACAAGAACUUGCUCAAGUGCUUCACGACGCCCGAGCUGAUGCGGUGGCCAGGCAUCGAUGCGCUGUACAACCCCAUUUUGCGUGCCACGCCAACAUUUGACAAGAGCAAGGACGGCGAGUACCGGUGGGAGGAGCUGCACAAGCGCGUCGUCGAGCACAACAUUCGCGUUGUUUCACGCUACUACACCCGCAUCACCCUCCUUCGGCUUUCGCAGCUCCUCGACCUGUCCCAGGACGUGGCCGAGACGUCAUUGGCUUCGCUUGUCAGCAAUGCCACCGUCCACGCCAAGAUCGACCGGCCGGCAGGCGUGGUCAGCUUCGAGAAGAAGAAGGACACGGCCGAGCAGCUCAAUGCGUGGAGCACAGACAUGGGCCAGCUUCUCAAUCUCGUCGAGGACACGAGCCACCUCAUUGCUAGGGAGUACGCCAUCAGCAGGGCGGGCCUCGUCGCAAAGGACUAGUACCUCUUCUGCAAUUCCCAUCAUCUCAUUUUCUUAUGUUUUCAUUGACAAGAUCUGC